AAAAAAGAAAACCAUAACAUAAUUCUGUCAAUUAAGGAAGAACCAUGACCUCAAGCCCAACCUCAAACUCACCUGUCGAGAUUGAAUGGAGGAGGGAUGUGAUGGAGAGGGUGUUCAAACAGUUUGAUGAAGACAGUGAUGGAAAACUCUCCGCAGUGGAGCUUAUCAGGUGCUUGAGAAGCUGCUAUGGCAUCCAUGUCGAUGAUGGCGAGAUCAAAAGGUUCCUUUUCGUCCAAGAAGAUAGCAAGAUCGAAAUUUGCCAAAUUCUUCAAGCCUUUGAUGAUGGUGAAGACAGUUUCUUUCGAAGUCUUAGAAACAUGAACUCGUUUGAUCUUUCUCUUCCACUUCUGGGUUUGAUUUUUAAAGAUAUGCAAGCAAAAGCAUUCAACUGGAAAAGCUCUGAGGAGGAUCAUGUUGUUAUAGAUAUAGAACAACUGAAUGUACUGUUGCCUGUAGUUCCUGAUGAAUAUACAAACAUUUCAAAGCUAAGAGAUAUGUUCCUGGGACUCACAGGUCAGGCAGCUGUUUCUUUCGUUGCUUAUGCACCCAGUACACGCCCACUGAACGUACUCAUGGCUGCUAACUCCCUGGCUUUUCUGCUACUCUUACUUAGCUUCUGGGUUCGCGGCAAGAAGCUGGUGUCUGCCGAGAGAAUCAUGGGAUCACUCGGUAUUGGCUUUGCAGUGCUGGUGUUCUUUCUGAUGAUGGGGAUGAUUAGUAUCCCUGUCAAAAUCACGUGAUUCAUCAACACGAGCACAAUCAAAAGAUUGUGCCAGGGCAAAUCAUUUUUGGCAAAUCACACGCAGAACAUGGAAAUAUCAAGCGAUCAUCAUUAUUGAUAAACAAUAUAAAUGUUCUGGGCUCUGUAAAUAAGUGUGUAAUAAUUUGCUAGUCUAUCUAGGCCAUAUAAACAUAUGGCCUAUAUCCAACAAGAGAACUCGAUCUUAAUUGCCAUAUAAAGGGUUGGCAAACAAAAACAAGCUAUUCUGGAAGGUUAUUAGCUUGGUGACAACUGACAAGAGUA